AUCAAGUUUCAAUGGGAAUCACAUAACACCUCAGCGUGGCUAACUCCCCUGCCCUCUCCUCCCCUCCCCCCCUCCCCUACCUCUCCUCUUCUCACCUCACCCCCUCUCCCCUUCCCCUAUGCAGGGCUGGAGGUGUUCGGAGCAGAGUUCAACGACCAGCCGGACAACAUCACGGUUUUGGAGGGAGCCAGCAUUAUCCUGAGGUGUAAGAUUAACGAGGAAGUGACCCACAAGGCGUGGAUGAACCGCUCCAACAUCCUGUUUGCCGGAACAGACAAGUGGUCUCUGGACAAGCGUGUGACGCUGCUGAACAGCAACAGCAGCGACUUCUCCAUCCAGGUGGAGAAGGUGGCGGUGGCCGACGAAGGGAUCUACACAUGCAGCUUCCAGGCUAACAACAAGCCCCGCCUCUCCCUCGUCUACCUCAUCGUGCAGGUACCGGCCAGAAUCGUGAACGUAUCGAAGGACGUGUCUGUGAGCGAGGGGGAGAACGUGGGCUUGUUCUGCCUGGCAGUGGGACGACCAGAGCCCACCAUCACCUGGAGGGAGCAGAAGUCCGGCCUGAUGAAUGAGGGGGAGUUCCUGGACAUCACGGAGAUCAAGAGGCAGCAGGCAGGAGAGUACGAGUGUGUCACCAACAACGCUGUGGCCCCUCCCAGCAAGCACAAGGUCAAGGUGGUGGUCAACUACCCACCCCUGAUAACAGAUGUGAAGAACAUGCCCGCCCAGCUGGGGAAGACAGCCAUCCUGCGUUGUGAGGCCAUGGCCGUUCCUGCCGUCCUGUUUGAGUGGUACAGAGACGACCGCAGACCGGUAGAGAGUGACAACACAUUGAGGAUCAAGAAUGAAAAGACUCGCUCUCUGCUGCUGUUCACCAACGUGACGGACAAACACUUCGGCAACUACACCUGCUUCGCCUCCAACCGCCUGGGGGCUGCUAACGCCAGCAUGCUGCUGUUCCGACCAGGAGCGGUGUAUGGGGGAGGUGUGAGUCUGUCUGCAGGUGGGAGCUUGGUUGUGUGGGUGUGCCUGGCCCUGACCCUCCUGUUGAGGGCCUGAAGAGUCCGUCCACCCAGGAAGGAACAAGAUGAUUUAAUUACGAACCCAUCACUGUGAACAAAAAUAAUUAUGCAUUAUUCAAGGAGCCAUUUACACAUCACAUUCAACACCCCCCCCCCCCUCAGACCCCUGUCCCCUCUG